CAGGGGAAUUUGUUCCGUCCCGUAGUUCGUCCCAUCAAUUAGGUCCUUGCCUUAUACAUAAAAACCCCAUAAAGACCCCCAUUCAACCUGAUGGCGUGAACAUUAGAAGAACCCAUGCUAAUCGCAUGAUAGCAACCAGCUAUCUCAAAAAAUAAAAUAAAAUAAAAUCGAAAACCGAUGGUCAUGCAGAAGCGAAGAUCUCACAAGAAAUCCCGCAACGGCUGCCAGAACUGCAAAAAAUGGCACACAAAGUGUGACGAGCAAGGUCCGCCCUGCAAUAACUGCAUACUUCGAAAGGCCACUUGUGUCUACAAUCGGUCUAAACCCGAAGCUUUCAAUGAUGGAAGCUCUCUAUCUAUGCGUCCUAAAUACGGAACCGUAGCAAGAUGUCCUACCAGUGUUGAACGGCCACGGGGUGACUUGGGAGCAUUAUGUGCGUCGUACGGGGGACCUACAAGACUCCUGGAGCUUGAACUAAUGAAUCAGUGGUCAACACAUACAUACAAGUCAUUCUGUAGUAUGCAGGAAGAUGUGGAAUACUUACAAUCCAUCUUACCACGGUCAGCUCUCAACCAUGACUAUAUGCUGAACUGCAUAUUUGCUAUAUCAUCUCUGCAAAUAGCGAGGACUGUCGGGGAAGCCAAUUCCAGAAAGUACGUCAACGCGGCACUUGAAUACUACAAUCGGGGUAGCACCUCAUUUCGAGCCCAACUGGGGAGUAUGAACGCCGAGAAUUGUCACGUCUUAUACAUGUUCUCCGCCAUAGCCGUUGCCGUUCAUCUUUCGACGCCACAACGUGCUACCAAUAUACUCGAUCUGACCUCAGUGGCUUUCGACCUAGUGAAUGGUAGCACCAGUAUUGGGAUGCUAGGAAUGCCAUGGCUUCUUAACAGCCCCUUCCCGCUACGCGCCAUGUUAAGCCGGUUUGGCGCAUCGAAAGAUUUAAUAGAACCAGAUAUUAGAGCUGCCUUAGAUAGGUUGCUCGAACUCAACAAUAAGCAACAUGCAGGUACACCCAAACCGAUGGAAAGCAUUGAAGAGACCGGAACUAUCACUGUAGUACACGACUACGAACUAUACCAAUUGGUAAUUCAAGGUCUAGAGAUGGCUUACGCUGAGGAAUCAAGAGGACUUUUGGAGGGGUUCGGCGCCGGAUUUCCAGGAUAUGCGGGGAAGAAAUUCUCAUCCCUCGUCGGCAGACGCGAUCCGUUCUCAUUGCUCAUUGUCCUGCAUUGGACUAUAUUAUUAAACGAAAUCAACAGCAGGUUCUGGUGGGUGCAGUCAGUAGCCGCGCCACUUGCCCAAGAGAUUACAGAUUUCCUACGGACCGAGCAUCCUGCUUUAGCCAUAGAAUGGGCCGACGCUAUAUCGUGGGCUUUGGGUCGGCUUGGUUUGCUAACAUCUCGAUCACGAGAGUUAUCAUAUAGCCAAGAGUUGGUCGAAUGGGAACAGAACGAAAGAGCCCCGUCUCAGCCGAUAAUGCAAUCCAGCAAAAUCAUUUUUAAAUAGAAUCGCCCUAGGGAACUUGAAGGAGAAACUAGGUACACUAAACCCCCUUCUCCAUUCAGAUACAGGCAAUCUCUUGUUCAUUUAUCCGGCUGUCGACAGUUGAGCCGCAUGUCGUCUCCACACAGUUAUUCAGUCAGGUAACUUACCUAGGAGGUAAUGAUAUCCAAUCCUCCAACUAUCCCCUCUUUGAGUUUCUAGUAGCUACAUUAUAAGCUGACCAAGUAUAAAUUGCUUCUCACGCCACUCACUCAUGGCGCUAAGUUACCUAAUUAUAUUCCUAGUUUAAAUGUAUUAUACCAGCUGUAAUAUAUAUAUAUAUAUAUAUAUAGUACGAAGGUCUCCGCCGCCUGACCUAUCCUCC